ACCGCGCCUGCGCCGAGGAUGGCCGCGCGGGCUCGCCUUUCCCCGACGCCCGGCCCGUCCGAGCCGGGGUGAGAACUGCGUGACACGCACCGAGCGUGGCGGCCAUCUUCGUCUGGCGGGUACGUCAGCUGAGCCGCUUCGGGCUGAAGAGGAGCGUUGCGCAAGCGCAUCCAGGACGGUCCCAGGUGCUGUGUAGUGUGUUAAAAGCAGAUCAUAAGGAAUGGUUCUGUCAAUUUUUCCUGAGUUAUGGUGGCUGAAGUAUCAGUUGUGUCGUGUGGAAAGAGAAAUAACUGGCAACAUAAAAUACAAUCUAUAUUAAUACAGUGUUUUGUUAAGCAAAGGAGGUUCGGUAAGAACUACACAACAAAUUCAGCAAGCAAGGAAAGACACGUGUUAGCCUUAAGACAUGUUUCAAGUGAAUCGAAGUCCAGUGACUGUAGACUUCAGAAGAAAAAAGUUUUCAAAGAUUUUGUCUCCGGGAAUGACAAAACCUUAUUUGAAGCAAACUAAUAUUUUUGUUGAAAUGUGUAUCAGUAUCAAUUAAAGUUGGCUUUUAAGACCUGUUCCUCAGUCACAAAUACCAGCUAUUCAGCACGAAAAUCCUCUCAAAACCAACUCCGUGGAAAGGCAGACAUUACUCAGGAAUGAUGUCCAUUCCAGAGAAAUCAAAAGAAAGUUCCUCUAAAGUUAAUAAAAAAAGUGAAGAUAAGAAUUUAGAAAUAGGAACUCGGGAUUCUCCAAGGGAUCAAGCAAAAAAAUCAGGUGCAAAAGAAAGUGUAAAAUCACUGGUUACGGCUUUCAAUGAAAGUAAAAUAAGUCAGCCUGAAUUGGCAACACGCAUGAGUACGAGAUCAGCAAAGGCAGCAUCCCAUGACAGCAGAGCCAUCAAGUCCAGUAACAGAAAUGUGACCACUGUGAAGGGACAGCCCCAAGAAGCCUCGGCAAAGAAUAAAUUGUCUCAGAAGAAACUAGUGCAUGAAACUCCUAAAGCAAAUGAGCAGCUUAAUAGGAGAUCACAAAGGCUACAGCAGUUAUCAGAGGUUUCCACAAGGUCUUUGCGCAGUAGGGAAAUUCAGGGUCAAGUUCAAGCCGUUAAACAGAGCUUGCCACUAACAAGAAAAGAGCAUUGUAACAGUACUCAGAGUAAAUCGAAUCAAGUCAAAACAAGUAAGCAUGUGAAAAGGAAAGUGUUGGAAAUCAAGUCUGACUCUAAAGAGGAUGGAAAUUCAGCGAGUAAUGAAGUCAUAAAUUCCCCCAAAGGAAAAAAACGCAGAGUGGAGCCGCAGAUUGCAUGUACUUGUAGCCCUCCCCGCGCUCAGGGGUCUGAGAAGUGUGACCAGAAGACGAUUAGAAAGGAGGAAACGAAAUAUGUGCCUGCAACUUCUGAGGUAAAACGAUCAAAAAUGGCUACUUCAGGGGUCUGUAAAAAGAAUGAGGCGAAAUCGGGUCGCACACAGGUGAACACUAGUGUGGAAUCCCCGAGAAGUCCGCAGCCAUCUGCCCCUCAACAAAGUCUAGGUAACGAAUUGGAGCAAGCAGGAAAGAGCAAACGAGGUAGCAUUCUCCAGCUCUGUGAAGAAAUUGCUGGAGAGAUCGAGUCAGAUACUGUAGAGGUAAAGAAGGAAUCUUCACAAAUGGAAAGUGGAAAGGAGACGCCUACAGAAGUAAAAUUGGAAGAGAGCAGUGUUGAAAAGCAAAUACUUCAUCAAAAGGAAACAAAUCAGGACGUGCAAUGUAAUCGUUUUUUUCCUAGUAGAAAAACAAAGCCUGUGAAAUGUAUAUUAAAUGGAAUAAGCAGCUCAACUAAGAAGAACUCUAACUGGACUAAAAUUAAACUCUCAAAAUUCAACUCUGUGCAACAAAGUAAGUCAGACUCUCAAGUACCCCCUAAAUUGGGCUUUUUACGAACUGGUUUUUCACCGCUGUCUUUAGAAAGUCAUGAUUCGAUGACUCAAAGGACAUCUAUAGGGACAAAAACACAUGAUAAAUGUAUAUCUGGCCAGCAGAACAAAAUGAAAGAAAUUUAUUCUGAAGACGUUAAAGUUAAUGACAUUACACUUGAAAUUAAGGCUGUAAAAAGGGCUCCUGACAACUGCCAUUUGGAUAAACAAAUAAAAUCUUCUGACCCACCAUUGGAAAAUCAGACGAAACAUUCUUUUGAAUCCACACCAGAUAAGAAUUUCAGCUUAUGCUUGGAAUCCAAGUUGGAUAACUGUCUAGUGGAAAAUACUACUGCUGUUUCAACACCAUUCAGUCAAGCUAAAAUUGGCAUGGGAGAGAAUAAAUUUCCAGGUUCAUCUCCCAAACAGCACAGUACAGUGGAUGACCACACAUCUCAGAACGGUGAUAGCAGGGCGAUAUCACCAAAUCAUUUUUGGCCUAAGUGUAAUUCACAUUUUGAGAUAACAGUUCCAAAGGACUUGAAGCUAAAAGAAUCAGAGAAAGCUGAUGAAAAGCAGUUGGUCAUAGAUGCAGGGCAAAAAAGAUUUGGAGCAGUUUCCUGCAGUAUUUGUGGAAUGCUGUACACAGCUUCAAAUCCAGAAGAUGAAACACAGCAUCUGCUUUUCCAUAACCAGUUUAUAAGUGCUGUAAAAUAUGUGGGCUGGAAAAAAGAAAGGAUUCUGGCUGAAUAUCCUGAUGGCAGGAUAAUAAUGGUUCUUCCUGAAGACCCAAAGUAUGCCUUGAAAAAGGUUGAUGAGAUUAGAGAGAUGGUGGAUAAUGAUUUAGGUUUCCAACAGGCACCAUUAAUGUGCUAUUCCAGAACUAAAACCCUUCUCUUCAUUUCCAAUGAUAAGAAAGUAGUUGGCUGUCUAAUUGCAGAACAUAUUCAAUGGGGAUACAGAGUUAUAGAAGAGAAGCUUCCAGUUAUCAGGUCAGAAGAAGAAAAAGUCAGAUUUGAAAGGCAAAAAGCUUGGUGCUGCUCCACAUUGCCAGAGCCUGCAAUCUGUGGGAUCAGUCGAAUCUGGGUAUUCAGCAUGAUGCGGCGGAGGAAAAUUGCUUCUCGCAUGAUUGAAUGCCUAAGGAGUAACUUUAUAUAUGGCUCUUAUCUCAGUAAAGAAGAAAUUGCUUUCUCAGAUCCUACUCCUGAUGGAAAACUAUUUGCAACCCAGUACUGUGGCACUGGCCAAUUUCUGGUAUAUAAUUUUAUUAAUGGACAGAAUGCCACGUAAAAUAAAUUUUUGCCUGCAGUACUAGAAGAUGUCUGUUGAAGAGAUGGAUUGGUUGCUGACUUUAACCAGGAACUAGGGCCAUUUUUAUUACCAUGAACUCAGGACUGGCAACAACCAUGCGGUUGUUCCACUUUGAUAAAAUUGGAAACAAUGCAGUAAUAGUUUAUUGUUUUGUUUUUUAAAGAAGAUAUUUUAUUAUCUUUUACAGAUGUUUAUGAUGGAUGUAUUUUAUCUAUACCUAUUUAGACAUGUUUACAUGCAGCAGGUAAUUGUUCAUAGUGGACUGAAAACUAAUGCAAGGACUAUGGUCUCAGUGAUAAGUAUAUUUUGAAGUUCUUAAUAUGGCAAUAUACCAGUGUAGCUUGGUACUGUAUUUUUUUAUAUUGAUCUGCUGAUACCAAUUUUAGGGUUGAAAGUUGUAUUUUUGAAGUGGAAACCAAUUUGUUCAAAUUACUAUUCACAGAUCAUAAAAUAUUCUGUGCUGAAGAAUUUGCAGCUAAUUUGUAAAUAGGGCCUCAAGUUUACCCUGAAGAGACCCCUGUAAAAGGGAAAGUUCUGAUAAGCAGGAAGGACUCAUAGGGCUUUUCCUGGUGUUUUUUUUCUUUUUAAAGGCAGGAAAAAGUGAAAAGUGGCUAGAAUUGUGAUGGAUUAUUCUUUGAUUUUUGAUUCCCUUUAUUUAUUUAUUUUUUUAAGAAAUGACAACCUGGUAUAUCUAGCCUAAUUAGUUUCAAAGUUUGUGAAAGACAUAUGGAAUAGUGACUUGGUAUCUGUUACUCCUCAGAAAUACUGCACUGAGUAUACGCCCUCAUUACUGGACUUCAUUUCAUACUUGUCUGACCUUCCUAGUGCCCUCUAAUUUUAAAGGGUUUAUAUGUUGAUAAACUGCUGUGGCCUUUUAUAAACUGUAUAUAAUGUAGAAUAAAAUAAUAAAAUACUUGACAGCUUUUUCUAAGUGAUAAA